UUUUAUUUUUUUAUAUUAGAAAAAUAUUUUAAAUUUGAUUAGGUAAAAUCUUGCAGUGCGAAUAAUCGUCGAUAGUAAUAAUAAUAAAGAUGUAAUCAAAAUUAGUUUUAACUGUGCAAGAGGCAGUCUUUUCAUAAAAAGAAAAUUUUGUGACUUUCCUGGCAAGAAUGUGAUUGACCUCGAGUUAAAAGAAAAAUACAUGUAUAAUAGUGAAGAAUAGGAGAAAAAUAACAUAAAAGUGAAGCAACAAUUGCAGAAGCGAACAGCAACAACCUAAAGCGUAUCUUGUAUCUAUGAAAAGUAAUAGACUAGAAAACAAGUGUUCUGUUUUUCAAAGCUCUUGGUAUCGUUAGCAUAGCAUAACAUUUUGAAGUGUAGAAAAAAGGUCAAUAAUUCAAGUAGAAUUUAUUAAAACUAGCGAACCCUGAAAUAAUACACAUUUGGAGUGGGGGCUUAAAGCUCCGACAAUAUGGGCACAAGUGGUUUUCAAGCUGAAGGUGAGACCCAAGAUAAUAAAACCUUUGUGAAUCACACAAGUGCGAGUGCUGGCGGUGCAGCCAGUGCUAGUGUUGGAUCUUGUACAUCCAAUAGUAACAUGAGUGUGGAGUUGUGUUUGGUUUGCGGUGAUCGGGCCUCAGGGCGACACUAUGGAGCAAUUAGUUGUGAGGGUUGCAAAGGUUUCUUUAAGCGUUCCAUACGCAAACAGCUAGGCUAUCAGUGUCGAGGAGCCAUGAAUUGUGAGGUCACCAAACAUCAUCGCAAUCGUUGUCAAUUCUGUCGUUUGCAGAAAUGUUUGGCCAGCGGCAUGCGAAGUGAUUCUGUUCAACACGAACGUAAACCCAUAGUGGAUAAAAAAGAUACAGGAGGAGCCGGCCCAUCAACAACGUCGACAGUAACGACGGGUCUGACUGUAUCAGGCGGCGGAGGAGGAAGUUCAUCUCUGAAGUCCACGCCCAGUCCCGUAUACCCAGCACGUGCAAAAACUUCGUCCCUUUUUAGCAACAAUAUGAAUGCAGCUGCUGCAGUGGCAGCUGCCACGAGUGCCGCAAAUGCGGCUGCCGCCUUCUCACUGGACAAUAACAUAGCUGCUGCGGCUGGUAUAUUUCCAAUGAGUCUAAAUUUUGCUGAGCUCACCCAGACAUUAAUGUUGGCUACUCAGCAGCAACAACAACAAGUUCAGCAGCAGCAACAGAUGUCUACCCAGUCAACCAGCUCUUCCAAUAAACCGCUCAGCUAUUCACCUGAACCCAAAAACAUUGACGACAAUGAUGACGAAGAAGACGACUCCUUUGACAAUACCUCGACCUUAUGUUUACAAAACCUUUCGACAACCGCUAACAAUAAUAACACCCAGAAUUUGAACUUUAACAUGGAUACAUUAACUCCGAAUCCUGCCACUGCUGUAGGCCUUAUACAAUCAUCUUUAGAUAAACGAAUUAUUGAAAAGGCCUUAAACCUACUACAGCCUAUACAACAACAAUUAGAGCGCAUGGCGUCAGUUGGAGGCAAUGGCUUACUUAUUAAAAAUGAACUACAAGAUGAUGAAAUGGAGGUGGGUGAACACAGUGGCAAUGAAGACGAGUUCAACGAUUCUAUGGACUUAAACGAUUUACUACAGCACGAGCAUCGUGAAUUUUCUUUCAAUGAGUCAAUAUUUGAUAAUGAUUUAUUAAAUCCUCAUCAGGUCAGCUUUAAUCUCCAGACACCCUCUCUGGUUUCAUCAUAUCUAAAUGUGCACUACGUAUGCGAAUCGGGCUCACGCAUUAUAUUUCUCACCGUUUUUUGGUUACGUAAAGUAAAUGCAUUUCUAGAAUUGCCUCAACGGUGCCAAGUGACACUGUUACGUAACUCUUGGCCCUCGCUGCUGGCUUUAGCUGUUGCUCAAGUACGUAAUUUGUCACAAGCUACUAUCAUCAGCACACUUAUAAACAAUGUGCGGCAAUUGGCUGACAUAGAGAAAAUCGAUCCCUUGAAAAUCAAAAAACUAAGCGAACACAUAGCUCGUUUAAAUUCGUUUAUUUUAAGCGUGCAAACACUUGAACCGACAGACACAGAAUAUGCUUAUCUACGCUUGGCGUGUGUUUUCAAUCCUCAUACUUUUUUGAAAAGAAAGGAUCAUCAAAUUCGUUCUUUUGUUCAUCGUGUACAACAGUACGUUUUAGCUAGUCUAAGAAAAUUGAUAGCGUCCAAAAAUCUGUCUUCGUAUGAGGUCGAAGAACGUUUCAACUCUUUAAUUUUGAAUUUAAUGCCGUUGAGUGCCUUAGAGUCCGACUCCAUGGAAGAUUUAUUCUUUGCCAAUUUGGUGGGUCAAGUUCAAAUUGACAAUAUGUUGCCGUACAUACUGACAUUAAGUGCCACAGUUGGCAAUUUAAAUUAAUUAAAACAACUUAGCUUAAGAAGUUUGUUCUUAUCAAUUUAGACUGACUUGAUAAUGCUUUUGCUUUCCUUUU